GCGACAUAGAAGUGGAACCACUGCGUUCGGGUCACGGGAUGUCAGGGAGUACUGUGACAAGAUGGGUGAUCUCAGACGACGGCAGCCACCUGAUUCGCAGAGAGGAAGUGGAGGCAGCAAUUCCUAAAGGUGUGGAAUCCCAGAUGGUACAAGUAAAGGAAGAGAAUUUUGACCGACCUGUCACUAAUAUAUCAACAUCAUCGUCAUUGUCAACCAAUAAAAAAAAUGCUGUGCCUGCUCAGCUGCCAGUUUCAUACCCUUGUGCGUACUGUGACAUCUGCUUCACGGCUUCCCAUUACCUGGAGAAACAUGUCAAGCGUUCACACAGGAAGCAAUACUUAGAAAUGCUGCGGAGUCGAAACAUCACGUUCAGCAAAACUCCUGCCUCGACUUCGGCCACUUUAAUCAAAACCCCUGCCUCUACUUCAGCUACUUUCAGCAAAGCCCCUAUAUCCACUGCAGCUAGUUUCAACAAAGCCCCUAUAUCCACUGCAGCUAGUUUCAACAAAGCCCCUAUAUCCACUGCAGCUACUUUCAGCAAAACCCCUGCCUCCACUGCAGCUACUUUAAGCAAAACCCCUGCCUCCCCCCCAGCUACUGUCAGCAAAGCCUCUGCCUCCCCCCCAGCUACUUUCAGCAAAGCCCCUGCCUCCCCCCCAGCUACUGUCAGCAAAGCCUCUGCCUCCCCCCCAGCUACUUUCAGCAAAGCCCCUGCCUCCACUGAAGCUAUUUUCAGCAGAGCCUCCUCUUCCCCCCCAGCUACUUGCAGUAAGGCUCCCACCUCCCCGUUGGGCCCCUCUGGACCUUCUUCCUCACAAGCAGCCCCUCUCACCUCACCCAAGAGCAUCCACUCCUCUGCUAAGGAUGAGUCUGCUUCUACCAGUCACUCAGUAGAGGCUCAGGCCUCUGACUGCUCUGCAGGUUCCACUGUCAUUGGUCUCUCUCCCGUGACAUCUGAAAGAACCCCUGACCCUGCUCCUUUGCCUCCUGCCCCUAACCCCGUGAGGCCUUCUGCCUCAGCGCCAUCUUCUGGCCCAAUCCAGAUAGCGGUAAAGCCCAUUCCAAAGGAAGCCUCAAUGCAAGACCUUCCCCAGCCGCUCUGUCCCCCUUCAAACGCUGAAGAAGCGAAGAGAAGAGCCCAGAAAAAUGUUCUGCCAUCUUGCGCUCGCUGUGGGGGGAGGAGAGACGGGCGGGCUGAAGGAGAGGGGGAGAAGGAAUGCUGCUGUGAGGAAGGCACACUGUUUCUUUGCAAUGAAUGUGGGCAGAGCUUUCCUUCUUUCCCCUCCCUUAGCUUCCACCAGGACCAAGCCCACUGGGGUAAAAGGCAGGGCAGAGGUGAGGAGGAGGGAGAGACCCUGUAUCUGUGCACUGAGUGUGGUCUCAGCUUCCCCUGCCUGGAGCUACUGGGCCAUCACCAGUCCCUCCAUGACUCGCCGGGAGCCAAGGACCAAGAGGAGGGAACAGAAGAGGAGGAGAAAGACGAGGAUGACGACUCCCUGCCUUUCACCUCCCAGGCGCACUCCUGCCCGAACUGUCAGAAGAUCUUCAAAACCGCGCGCUAUCUGAAAACCCACAUGAAGAUCCACAGCGGCCAGGUGCCUUACCACUGCGACCAGUGCGACAAGCCCUUCACCCAGCUGGGCGACCUGAAGACGCACCGCCGCACCCACACCGGCGAGCGGCCGUACCAGUGCUCCCAGUGCGGCAAGUGCUUCGGCCGCUCGGGGACCCUGAAGAAGCACUGGCGCACCCACACGGGGGAGACGCCCUACGUGUGCGCGGCGUGCGGGAAGCAGUUCAACCAGCUGGGGGCGCUGAAGACUCACGAAAGGAUCCACACUGGACAGCGGCCUUACUUCUGCACCCGCUGCUCACAGCAUUUCACCUACUCCUACCAGCUCAAGAGACAUCGCUGUGUGCACAGUGACAAGAGUCGAGCUGCCUCAGAGUGAUUGCACUUUAAAGGGGCGAUGCUGAUGUUCGAGGGGUGGAUCUCCUCAGAGGACAACGCUGGCCCCCGUCAACUCGAAACGCUGACGUGCUGAGGCACACGGAAGGCUAACACCCGCGAUGCUGCUUGGAGAGACUGAAAGACUGGGAGCAGUAGUGAGCGUUGCACUGGAGAGUGAGCAUGAUAGGGAAGCUGUAGGAACGCUAAUAUACUGACAUGGAAACAUGAGCGUGAUGCUGACGUACUUCCGGGAUACAAUAAAUGAUACUGAGUGAGGUGCUACCCUUCCCUCCACUGUAAACAGCACUCUUCCCAAUCACACAUGCUCAGUAUGCAGGCUUGCUACUGCUCUUAUACGGGGCUGGUUAUCCCCUCUAAGGGGAAAUUGAUUCCCGUGGAGGUGGAUUGUACAGUAGAUACAGUAAAGAGUGAGAGAUAUGGAUGUGCAACAACCUAUCAUUGCUGGGAAACUGAGAAACACUGCCCCCCCUUUGCCCCCUUGUACCUGUAAUGUCCCUAAGUGACAGUAAAAAUGCUGCCAAAUAUUUGUCACCAAGCAUUCCCUUUAUAGCUCAUCCUCUUAGAGUUUGGUCUGUAUGAAUGUCUCUUUUCCUCCCUUGUCUUAGAAACCUGCACAUUACAGUUCAAGAAAAUUCUGUCCCUGGUUGUAAUGCCAUAAAAAUGCUUUCAUCUACCAGCUUGUACUAUUGAGUGAACGCUGAACAGAGCUCCUUGGCUAUGGAAUGUUACUAUUGGCAACUUCUGAUUGCCAUUAUUAUAAUCUUAUAAGAUCAUAAACUUAAGUCUGAAAAUGUAAGAGGUGGCUCUUUCAAAUACCUCAUUCACAGCCAUUCAGCUGUCAAAGUUUUGUUUAUGCUGUACUCGCCUCUUUUGAAAAACUAUAAAUGACCCUGUUAAUCUCUGGGUGUUUCAUAAUUAAAACACAGAGGUCUGUUGUCGAAUCUUGUGUUAUCAUCAGCUGAGAUACACCCAAGCUGUGCAUUCACAGGGACAAUUGAUUCUGUUAUUUCCUGGUUUCUGCAUCCCAAGCCGCCCCCCCCCCACCCCCAAAAUAAAUCAUCUUUGUGACCUA